CGGGCUCCGGAUCCCCUGACAGCCCGCAGCGAGGAGCAGAGCCCGCCUGGCGCCGCGCACCGCCAUGGCCCGCGCACUUGGCCUGUGCCGCGGCCCCGGGGACGCUCGCGCGGCCGGCUCCGGGCGCACGCGCUGGGCCAGGGACACCCAGGCCCGUGGGCGCCCGCCUGGCUCGGCCCCUCACUCGCGUGUUCGCCGCAGUUCGGUGCGCGCCGCUGCCUGAACCCGGGUGACUUUGGUUCAGGGUGCCCAUAAUAAGGAUUAGUCUUCUGUCAAAAGUUUAGUGAUCGAUUAUUAAGAAAAUUUCCUGCAUUGUUCAUGGAGUUUUUCAUCAGUAUGUCUGAAAGCAUUAAAUAUAAUGAUGAUGAUCACAAAACUGUGUUUCUGAAAACAUUAAAUGAACAACGUCUGGAAGGAGAAUUUUGUGACAUAGCUAUUGUGGUAGAAGAUGUGAAAUUCAGAGCGCACCGGUGUGUGCUUGCUGCAUGCAGUACCUACUUCAAAAAGCUUUUCAAGAAACUGGAGGUUGAUAGCUCAUCAGUAAUAGAGAUAGAUUUCCUUCGUUCUGAUAUAUUUGAAGAGGUUCUAAAUUAUAUGUAUACUGCAAAGAUUUCAGUUAAGAAGGAAGAUGUAAAUUUGAUGAUGUCAUCAGGUCAGAUUCUUGGUAUUAGGUUUUUGGAUAAACUUUGUUCUCAGAAACGUGAUGUAUCUAGUCCCGAAGAAAACGCCCAAUCCAAGAGUAAGUAUUGUCUGAAAAUAAAUCGUUCUAUUGGAGAAUCUAAUGAUAACCAAGAUGAUGAGGUUGAGGAAAUUGGAGAUCAUGAUGAUAGCCCAUCAGAUGUAACAGUAGAAGGAACUCCUCCAAGUCAGGAAGAUGGGAAAUCCCCUACUAAUACACUAAGAGUUCAAGAAGCAAUUCUAAAAGAGUUGGGGAGUGAAGAGGUUCGAAAAGUAAACUGCUAUGGUCAAGAAGUGGAGCCCAUGGAAACAACUGAAUCAAAAGACUUAGGAUCUCAAACCCCUCAAGCUCUAACAUUCAAUGAUGGCAUAAGUGAAGUGAAAGAUGAACAGACGCCAGGAUGGACAACAGCAGCUGCUGACAUGAAGUUUGAGUAUUUGCUUUAUGGUCACAGGGAACAAAUUGCAUGCCAAGCAUGUGGUAAGACAUUUACUGAUGAAGCACGAUUGAGAAAACAUGAAAAGCUCCAUACUGCUGAUAGACCAUUUGUUUGUGAAAUGUGCACUAAAGGGUUUACCACACAGGCUCACUUGAAAGAGCACCUGAAAAUCCAUACAGGUUACAAGCCUUACAGCUGUGAGGUGUGCGGAAAGUCUUUUAUUCGAGCUCCAGAUCUGAAAAAGCAUGAAAGAGUCCAUAGUAAUGAAAGGCCAUUUGCAUGCCAUAUGUGUGAUAAAGCUUUCAAGCACAAGUCCCAUCUAAAAGAUCAUGAAAGAAGACACCGAGGGGAAAAACCUUUUGUCUGCAGCUCUUGCACUAAAGCAUUUGCUAAAGCAUCUGAUCUAAAAAGGCAUGAGAACAAUAUGCACAGUGAAAGGAAACAAAUUACUACAGCCAACGCCAUCCAGAGUGAAACAGAACAGUUACAGGCGGCAGCCAUGGCAGCUGAAGCAGAGCAGCAACUUGAAACUAUAGCUUGUAGUUAAAGACAAAAGCAGAAAACUUUAUCCAAGAAGUAACUUAAGAAAUUAAAUUGAACAAAAAUUUAAAUGUUGAAACAUGUUUAGACUGAUCAUUAUCUUUUCAGGAUAAAAUAUUUUUAGAGGGAUUGAACACUGCAUAGGAGCAUAUAGCAGUGCUUGGCUAGGUAUUUUAAAAUACUUCAAAGAUAUGUAUUCUUAAAAUAUAAAAAUAAUUUUGUUAUUAGCACUAACGUUUUAAUUUCAGGAAAUGACUGAAUCCUUUAUAAACAAAAUGAGGAAAUCGCUAUUUGAUGUUUUAGUACAACUUCUGCAUACUUGUCCUUUGUACACAUUAGUAAAACCAAUGAGAUAAAUUAUGUCUAACAGAAUUGAAAUUUGUAGAAAAAGUUAUAAGUAUGGGAACAAAAUAUUAAUUAUUUAAAAAGAUUUUUGGGUGUAGUUAUGCAAGAAGCAUAUAGUACACCUAGAACCCAUAAAAAUUCACCUGUUGGAAUCCUGACAUUUUUAUUUCCUUUUUCCUCAUUCACUGUACUUAUUAGCUAUUAGUGCAGCUAAUUUUGGGUAGUUGGUCAAGCGGAGUUAUCCUGCUUCUUUGUCCAUCCCCUUAAAUUCCUCUCUUUAAUCUAGCUAGUGAGCUGGUGCAUACAAUACUUGCUUUUCUAAAGGUUAGACUUUCCACAUUCAUAAUAGCCUAGAUGUGUCCCCUGGAUCAACAAAUGGAGAGGACACAGCACUCAUCUACCCUUUCUGUGUAGAAAAGAGUAGGGCUCAGUUGCUUCCAUGUACUCUUCAGAGGCCUUUUCAUGCAGUAUACGGGAGAUGGACUGGAGGUGGGAGGGAGGGCAGGUGGGCAGAAUGUGUAGAGAGAUAUAUUGUUCUAAAUCUGGCCCCAUGAAAACUAAUCAAAGAUAAUGCAAUCUGAGGCUGUAUUGUCUUUGUCAUGUAGCUUCCCCCUCACUCUCCCUAGGACAGCCAAGGCAAAGGGAUGCACAGGCACAGACUCCAUGGGUGCUCCAGGGCUGGAGUACCCUCAGGAAAAAAAUGGUGGGUGCUGAGCACCCACCGGCAGCCCCCUAUCAGCCCCCCCGACUCUCCCCAGCAUCUCCUACCUGCCGACAGGCCCCACCAAUCAGCACCUCCCCCUCCCUCCCAACGUCUGCUGUGGAUCAGCUGUUUUGCAGCAUCAGGAGGUGCUGGGGGUGAGCGGGGAGGAGUGAGGGCGCAGCGCUUUCGGGGGAGAGGGCAGAACUGGACGGGGAAGAGGCAGGUU